AUGUCCUCUGAUUCAUCAGAUCCUUUGUAUUGGCUUCGUGUCAUUCUCGCUUCAAACAGGGGUACUUUGAUGGAACUCGGUAUUACACCCAUUGUAACUUCGGGCAUGAUAAUGCAACUUCUUGCCGGUGCUAACCUCAUUGAGGUUGAUUUCAGCUUGAAAGAGGAUCGUGCUUUAUUUAGCGGCGCUCAAAAGCUCUUCGCUAUGGUAUUUGCUUUUGGCCAAGCCACGGUAUCCGUAAUGACCGGAUUGUACGGUGAUCCUUCUGAAAUCGGCGCUGGAGUCUGUUUUCUACUUAUCAUCCAACUCGUCUUUGCAGGCCUUAUCUCUAUGCUUUUAGACGAACUCUUACAAAAAGGUUAUGGUCUCGGUUCUGGUAUUUCACUCUUCAUUGCUACCAACAUUUGUGAAUCUAUUGUUUGGAAAGCGUUCAGUCCUACUACCGUCAACACUGGACGAGGUCCUGAAUUUGAAGGGGCUCUCAUUGCUUUGUUCUAUUUGGUUAUUACUCGGAAUGACAAAAUUCGCGCUUUAAAGGAAGCCUUUUAUCGAACCAAUUUGCCAAAUGUUAUGAACUUAUUGGCAACAGUGGUUGUUUUUGGCAUUGUCAUUUACCUUCAAGGUUUCCGUGUUGAACUUCCUGUUAAAUCCAAUCGAUUUCGUGGUCAACGGGGAACUUAUCCGAUCAAGCUUUUUUAUACCUCAAACAUGCCAAUUAUGCUUCAGUCAGCUCUUACCACAAACGUUUUCCUUAUCUCACAAAUGUUGUACACCCGAUUCCCAGAUAAUCUUCUUAUUCGUCUUCUUGGUGUCUGGACUCCUUACGAAGGUUCUUCCCAAUUAUUUGCGUCAGGCGGUCUAGCUUAUUUCAUGUCACCACCCCAUAGUAUCAAAGACGCACUUUUGGAUCCUAUUCACACCGUUGUAUAUGUCGCAUUCAUGUUGACCGCAUGUGCACUCUUUUCAAAAACAUGGAUUGAGGUCUCUGGAUCUUCUCCACGUGAAGUAGCAAAACAACUUAAGGAACAGGGUAUGGUAAUGGCUGGCCAUCGUGAAACCUCAACAUACAAAGAGUUGAAGCGUAUCAUCCCAACAGCCGCAGCUUUUGGCGGAGCUUGUAUUGGUGCUUUGUCGGUUCUUGCUGAUUUGCUAGGCGCACUUGGAUCUGGUACCG